UUGCGCUCGACCUCACGGCUUCAGUGAGUAGGAGGAGGGGGGGCGCACGCGGAUUCUGGCUCUGGAGCGUUAAAUGCUAUUAUUGCCGUUUUAAAAGCCUCGCUAGAAUACAGCUCGAACGCGAGGAAUUGCUGUAUGAAAGACAGAGGAAGAGACCUGCAGUUUUUACGGUAACUGUCGGGUGAGGCAAACCUCCGAGAUGAGUCAGUGGCUCGAGUUGCAGCAGCUGGACUCCAAGUUCCUGGAACAGGUGGACCAGCUUUACGAUGACAACUUCCCCAUGGCCAUCCGCCAGUACCUCAGCAACUGGAUCGAGAGCCACGACUGGGACCAUGUAGCUAACGUGGAGAACGAGUCGCUGGCCACGGUGCGGUUCCAUGACCUUCUGACGCAGUUGGACCACCAGCACAGCCGCUUCGCCAUGGAGAAGGACUUCCUGAAUCAGCACAAUAUCCGCAAGAUCAAACGCAACCUGCAGACUCUGUUUGGGGACAACCCUGUCUCAAUGGCCAUGAUCAUCAGCAAGAACCUGACGGAGGAGAGGAAGAUUCUGGCAACUGCCCAAAUCUCCGAGAGCUCGACGCAUAACGCUCAGAGCGACAUGAUGAUCGAGAAGCAGAGAGAGCUGGACAGCAAGGUGAAGGACAUCAAGACAAAAGUACAGGAAACAGAGCAGAACAUUAAGAACCUGGAGGAUCUGCAGGACGAACACGACUUCAAGAGCAAGACUCUGCAGAGUCAUGAGGAGCUAAAUGGAACGAUAUCGCCGGAGGAUCUGAAUCGCGAGAAACUCUACCUCAAAGCCAUGUUCAUGAAACUCAAUGACAUGAGAGGGGGGGUGGUUGGCCAACUGUCAGAGGUGCUAAACUUGGUGGAGCAGCUUGAGUAUGAGCUGAUCACAGUGGAGCUGUCCGAAUGGAAAGGACGCCAGCAGAUGUCAUGCAUCGGAGGACUCACCAACGUCUGCCUCGAUCAGCUGCAGAACUGGUUCACAGCGUUGGGUGAGUGUCUACUGCAGGUUCAUCAGCAGUUGAAGAAGCUUCUGGAGCUGGAGCAGAAGUAUUCAUACCACCAGGACCCCAUCACCCUGAGCCGAGGCUCGCUGGAGGAGCGUGCACUCACACAGCUUAAAACACUGAUCACCAAUUCCAUGGUUGUGGAGAGACAGCCGUGCAUGCCCACACAACUUCAGAGGCCACUGGUGCUGAAGACUGGUGUUCUGUUUACUCUCAAAGUCAGACUACUGGUGAAACUUCAGGAAUUUAAUCACACGGUUCGGGUAAAAGUGCACUUGGAUAAAGAUGUGACGGAGAAGAGGAAAGGUUUCCGGAAGUUCAACAUCCUCGGAACGAACAUGAAGGUGAUGAACAUGGAGGAGUCGAUCGGGAUGGCUGCUGAAUUCCGACAUCUGCAACUGAAAGAGCAGAAGGUAGCAGGAAACAGGACAAAUGAGGGUCCACUGAUCGUUACCGAGGAGCUCCACUCUUUCACAUUUGAGGCAGAGCUCUGCUGGUCAGGACUAGUCAUCAACUUUGAGACUUCGUCUUUGCCUAUUGUGGUGAUCUCCAAUGUUAGCCAGCUACCAUGUGGUUGGGCCUCCAUCAUGUGGUACAACAUGCUGACCUCUGACCCCAAGAAUCUGUCGUUCUUUGUGAGCCCGCCCUCGGUGAGUUGGGGUCAGCUGUCUGAGGUGCUGAGUUGGCAGUUCUCCUCCAUCACCAAGCGAGGCCUGAAUGCUGAGCAGCUGAGCAUGCUGGGACACAAACUGCUGGGUCCAAAAGCAGCCAAAGAUCCUGAGGCUCAGAUUCCCUGGAAUAAAUUCUGUAAGGGAGGCAGUGAAAAGAACUUCACGUUCUGGUUGUGGAUAGAGGGAAUCCUGGACCUGAUCAAGAGACACCUCCUGAGCCUGUGGGACGAGGGGUGCAUUAUGGGAUUUGUUACUAAGGAGCGCACUAAGUCCCUGCUCAAUGAUAAAGCUCCUGGAACUUUCCUGCUGCGAUUCAGUGAGAGUAACCGAGACGGUGCCAUUACUUUCAGCUGGGUCGAACACACCCCCAAUGGUGAACCACAGGUGCGCUCAGUCGAGCCCUACACUAAGAAAGAGCUCUCGGCCGUCUCUCUGGCUGACAUCCUCAGAAACUACAGAGUGAUGGCGGCUGACAACGUCCCUGAGGACCCCCUGCGCUUCCUGUAUCCAAACACGCCCAAAGACGAUGCCUUCUGCAAAUACUACUCCAAACCUGCUGACAAACACGAACCGAUGGACGUGGAUAAGAAGUCGGACGAUUAUAUCAGAACCACACUCAUCUCCGUCUCUGAAAUGCAAAACCAAAGAAAACGCCUCCUCAACUCUGAAAUGCUACAUGGGAACCCAGGAUGGUCUCCUCAACACCAAGUUCAGCAAGUGACGUCAAACCAACAUGUCUGCUCACAGCAUGAACAGAAAACGUCGGAGUAUAACGACAUCAUGAUGCCGCUGUCGCCCGAGGUGUACGGAGAACUGGAGCGCAUGGUACGCAGUACACUCAACCAUACUCGUGAUCUGACUGGAGAUCUUGGAGAGCUGUGCUGUAACCUUGACGAGUGACGAACCGACAGAGCCGACAGACGUUCACCCCUCAUCUCAACCUACAAAACAAAUAAGGAAACGCGCGAAUGAGGUUCAGCACAUCCUCUUCCCACUCACACGGCCUUUUCUCGACGCUGCACCCACAGGUCCUAAAACAAACCAAAAAAAGUCAAUUCAUUAAUUAAAAAAAAAAGUUUUAACGCACCUUACAUGUUAAAAGCACUUGCCUGCUGCUGAUGCACUUUUCCUCUCGCCUUUGAAAUUAGACAGGAAGCUGUCGAUGCACAAAAAAUUUGAGAUAUAUAUAUUAGAUCAGGGUUUCGCAGCUCUCUGUGCCUUCUUGCAUUUAUUUUAUAUUAGAAUAUUAACAACAAAACAAAAAAUGGAUUAUUUACCAUGGUAAGUCACUGUAAAUCCAGCUCAUCUUCCAUUGUAAGAUUUCGGUUUAUUUACAGAGGCACAGGGACCUCCUUCCUCCUCACACGCUGCUUCCUCUCGUCCAACAAGAACGUUACCGUAUAACGUUAACGUAAACCUGACGUGGGGUUAUUUCAUCACCGUGACAACAAGAUGCUCGCGUGAACACCGACUUGUAAAAAAAAAAAAACCCGAAACAAUCUUAUAAACAUGUACGUUUAGAGUUAAGGUAUGUCGGUUUAUUGUCGUCGUGGUUACUACCCGUUGGGAAACGCCCACAUUUGUCUCAUCACUGGUACGCAGAACAUUUUUUCUGCGCCAUAGUGUGUUGUUGACGUAAAAAGUCUCAAAAAGUAGUUCCGCACUGUAAACAAGCGCAAAGCCGACAAGAUUAUUAUUAUUAUUAUUAUUACUUUAAUGUUCAUGACCAUUAAGUAUUUCCCACGACUGCGCUGUCUGCGGACCAAAAAAAACACCACCACCAACGUCUAAAUCAUGUGCUUGGAAAGCUUUGCUUUUAUUCGAUGUUUUGUCUGUGAAAUACAUCCUCGGCGUCGCCUUUAACACCACUGAACCGGAACAGCGAGAGUACAAACAAAAACAUACGCAUAUCCAUAUUAAUAUAGAGUGUGUAUAUAUAAAUAAAUCUAAUACAUUCAGUCGUAAACACAGCCUGUGAUUGGUCAGAGUGCAGGGUGUCACUAGAUUAGAUCGAUUUCUACAGCUGUUCUUUUUCACCGUGUUACUAUCGUACGCUAAAGGAUCAUAGCUUGCUAUAAAAACUCUUCCUCUCUUCUCCAGCAGCAACUCGCGACAAACAGUUUUUUCUUUUAUGGGUACAUGGUAUAAAUGCUUUCCCAGCCUGGAUACGCAAAUUUAUUGGCACCCUUUAAAAAGUUUUGCGGUUUUUUUUUGUAUUUGGGGGGAUGGGGGUAGUUUAUUAUGUUUACUGUGUGAAAGGGGGAAAAAAAAUGUCUGUAUUUAAAUAAAGCUACAAAGUCUGUCGUAUACUGUGUGUAUAUAAAGGGUGCCAAUAAUUAUGGAUUAUACUGUGUAUAUAUAGUGAUCUUACGCUUUUCUAUACACACACCAGACAUAUUCGAGUAUUUUGUUGUCAUUUCCUCACAGUCUACAAUAUGAAAUAUCAAGAUAGUAAACUUUUAAACGACCAGGUUCAUGUAAAUCUUUUUUAUUUUUUUAAAUUUUUAUGUCCAAAUGAAGGCAAUUUUCGGUAACCUACUGCUCGAUUUAAUCAUGCACGAGAGUCGGCGUAUCCAGGCUGUUCAUAAAUGAGAAUUCCUCUGUGUGUUUUUUUGUUUUGUUUUGUUUGUUUGUUUCAAGUACUUUUCACCCGAUAAAUAAAUAAAUAAAAUACAUAAGUAAACAAA